AUGAUACUCCUUUCUAGCCGAACCGCUUUAAGCUGGUGGGCCAAGUCCAUCCUCGGCAACCACCAUGCUGCCAAGAAUCUACGAGACGCCACCUGCACCCAAGUACCUUGGUGGAGUCAUUUCAAAGGCCCCGGCAUGUCCCGAUGCAUGAGCGCGAAGGACGUCAAAUUCAGCUCCGUCAACGCGUACAAGAGGAAGGCGACAGAGAAACUCCGCAUCGCCGAUCUCGCUGCCACCAAGGCCAUUCCGGGUGCUAAAGGAGCAAUCGUUGUCAACGGAUGGCACACCAGCCCAUCAGAAAAACAAGUCCAUUGUACUGUAGAUUACAUCGACGCGCACAACCGCCGUAUAACAAGGGAACACAUCAUUCAGGAUCCGACAAAGGAGAAGAAGUAA